AUGGCGAUAAUAUCUGGGGGAACUGCCACAAAUAGCUUGAUACCAGCCUUCAAUAAUAUCUCCAACAUAUGCAAAAUAUCAUUUGUGCUACCGGUAUCCGAUAAUGGUGGAUCUUCAGCAGAGAUCCUUAGAGUGUUUGGAGGUCCGGCCAUAGGUGAUCUAAGAUCAAGAAUCACCAAACUCGCAUCACUACAAGACAAAAAGUCCUCACAGGCAAAUCAUGAGGACAUUUCUUUCGGACUGUUCUUUAAUCAUAGAAUUAGUACAAUCAAAAGUGAAGCAGAUAAUGAGUGGCGGAUGAUUCUAUCAGGAACUCAUCAGAUUUGUGGAUUAUUGAUAAAUGCCAAGUUUCGAAACUAUGUUUUGUUUUUGCUCAUCUAUUUAAAUAAACAAUUGAUAGAUUUACAUAAGGAUUUCAAUUUUCAAAAUGCUUCUAUUGGGAACUUAUUCAUGCUCUCCUUGAGGUUAUUAUAUGGGUUUGACUUGUAUCAAUGCGCUGAUUUUUUUGUACGAUUUGUGGGUAUCAAUAGAAAAUUUACGGUUAUACCAUCUAUCAAUUCAAAAGAUCAAAGAUACAAUAUUGCAGCCUUGCUUGACAAUGGUGACAUAAUAAGGGGCCAGUCCCAAAUAUCUCAUCCGUCAACUUCAACUUCAAAACCAAAACUAACCCAGCUAUCGGUACCUAGUGAUAUUGAUUUGAGUACAAUAGAUCUUAAUGAGCCUCAGUUAAUCUUUCAAAAGGAUCAUAGUGAACCAUUGAUAUCACCAAUUAACAGAAUUUAUUAUAUUGAGGACAAAUAUCAUGAAUACCAGCCAAAACUAUUUGACCAAGCACAAAAAAUAUUGGAAGAAGCAGAUGUGAUCAUCUAUUCUAUCGGUUCACUUUUUACGAGCAUUAUCCCAGUGUUAGUGCUCCGAGGGACUGGGGAAGCAAUGGCGGUAAAUUGCUUUAUUGAUUCCAUACAAAGAAAGAAAAAGAUUUUUUUAUUGAAUGGUAAUAGUGAUCGUGAAACUGGAGGAUUUAACUCCUUAGAUUUCAUUGGCAAAACAAUCAAUUCCCUUUUGUACAGUUUGAAAAUGAAAUCUGAAUUAGAUCUUCCUUCUCCACCUAUUAUGAGGGAAAAUUAUGAGUUUGUGAUAAAUUUAUUGGUUAGCCAUGGUAUUGACCCGGUUGGGAUAUCUGUGCUGUUAUUGUCAUCAUUGCUAAACUUGAUAUUACUAAAGAACCAAUUUUUUCAUCAAUCGAAGGAUUUACCUCCACUAUCUUUCUCUGACUUCAUUACACAUAUUUUUGUAUUAGAUCAAACUGACAUAGAGGUUAAUACCAUGGUGAUAGAGCGUAUUCUUGGCAUAAAAUGUGUGAUUAUCAGAGCGACAGUGGAAGAAGAGAAGAAUGUCAAUGAUUCCCUAUUCGUCAAUACCCCAACACGGAAAGUAAUUCAUUACAAGUAUGAUUUGGAUGACUUUCAGACUAAAUUGGAGAUGAUCAUGAAUAGUUAA